AUGGUCUACACAAUCGUCGUCCACCUCCUCGCUAAGGAAGACCAGGAGAGCAUCAGCAAGCUCAGUGCUAAGCUGGUGGAAGCGAGUCAGGUGUACAGCAAGGAUAAGGAGACGCUGAGUUGGUUCGUUAUGCAGGAUACGGUGGAUAAGAGGAAGUUUACUAUUGUUGAGCGGUAUUUGAAGGAAUCUUCCCAGCAGUACCACCUCAACAACCCAUACUGGAAGACUUUCGAUCCUUACGUCAUUCCGCUUUUGGCUGCGCCUAUGGAUUUGAGGCGUCUUGAGGAGUUGGACACUACGGUUACCUCGGCGGGUUCGCAUUAUCAUGAGGAUGCUGUUAAGUCUGAGACGAGCGUGGGCAACAUGUUCCAGGGUACUGAUGCUUAA